GCCAUCGUUGCAAUGUGCUGCCGAGACCGUUGCAGCUGGGCUGGAAGAUCACCGUGACUGAGCUCCGCCCACUUCGGCACAAGUUGUUUUAUAUACUCGUCAAAUUGAUGUAGCAACAUUUUUUUAUGUGUUCAUUUUGCGUGUAAUCACAUUUACUCGUCGCAAAAUGUACACUUUAAGGUGUUUUUAAGAGCAAGUUUUGAAAUCUAAUUUCCGGUUCAAAACAUUCUAGCCAAUCGUAUGUUACGUAGAGUGACGCAUUUCCUAUGUCCCGCCUCCAAGUUAAAUUUGCAGAACAGGUUGACGUUAACUUAAUAAUUGAUUUACUUUUUCUGAUUUUAACCACAUUUACUGGUCACAAAAGCGUUUCAUGAGACUGCACUUCUGUUAUUAUAGUUUCAGGGUCAAACAAUUAUAUCCAAUCGUAUGAUACGGACAGUGACGUAUAUUGUAUGUUGUCCCGCCUCCAAAUUCAAUGUGCAGAAAAGGCUAACCGUAAACGCAAUAAAACUAACAAGGUUGCACCGGUUUUACACCUCUUGUCAGCCUAUUCUCAUGUUAUUGGUGCAACGGAACCACUACGUUCAAAAUGCUCCAGAGGCUCCGCGUGCUCCUGCGGGCGGCUCCGCUGUCUGCUGCGGCAUUACGAAGCCUCUCUUCGGGCUAUGCCAGCGUCACGGCCCCGCUGAACUUCUGGGGUGGAAAAAGAAGGGCGAGCAAAGAGAGGAACUAUGGGGAGAACGUCUACGAGCCUGCAACGGGGCGCGUCCUGUGCACGUUGGAUCCAUGUGGUCCCUCUGACGUAGAGCAGGCCGUGGAGACAGCCAAGUCAGCCUUUGGUCCCUGGAGUAAAAUGUCUGGUAUGGAGAGAGCGAGGGUGAUGAUAGAAGCUGCUCUCAUCGUUCGGAAAAGGAGAGAAGACAUUGCUGAAAUGGAAGUAGUCAACAACGGCAAGUCCAUCACAGAGGCCCGCCUGGAUGUGGACUCUGCCCGGCUGUGUAUAGAGUACUAUGCAGGACUGUCCAGCACUCUUGCGGGCCAGCAUGUGCAGUUGCCAGGUGGAUCUUUUGCCUACACACGCAGGGAGCCUUUGGGCGUUUGCGUCGGCAUCGGUGCUUGGAAUUACCCUUUCCAGAUCGCUGCCUGGAAAUCAGCACCAGCACUGGCCUGUGGCAACGCCAUGGUGUUCAAGCCAUCCCCAGUGACGCCUGUGACAGCGGUCAUGCUGGCAGAGAUCUAUGCCGAAGCCGGAGCCCCAGAGGGCCUCUUCAAUGUGGUGCAGGGGGGGCAGGAGACGGGUAGCUUGCUCUGCCACCACCCUGAUGUGGCAAAGGUGUCAUUCACCGGGAGUGUGUCGACUGGACAGAAGAUUAUGGAAAUGGCAUCCAAAGGGGUUAAACCAGUGACGUUGGAGCUCGGCGGGAAGUCCCCCCUGCUCAUCUUUGAGGACAGUGACCUGGAGAACGCAGUACGGGGCGCGCUCAUGGCAAACUUCCUUUCUCAAGGCCAGGUUUGUAGCAAUGGGACGAGAGUUUUUGUCCAGGGUCAUAUUCUGCAUGAAUUUGUGGAUAAAGUGGUCAAAAGGACCCAGGCCAUUGAGAUUGGCGACCCGCUCCUAGAGAGUACCAGAAUGGGAGCGCUGGUCAGCCGGCCACAUCUAGACAAGGUCCUCGCCUUUGUGGAUCAAGCGAAGGAGGAGGGGGCCACUGUAUUGUGUGGCGGUGACCCCUUCGUCCCUUCAGACCCUAAACUAAAACGUGGAUACUACAUGACGCCAUGCGUACUGGCUAAUUGCAGAGAUGACAUGACCUGUGUAAGGGAGGAGAUCUUCGGUCCCGUCAUGUCUGUGUUGUCUUUCGACACAGAAGAGGAAGUGCUCCAGCGAGCCAAUGACACCGCCAUGGGGUUAGCUGCAGGACUUUUCACCAGAGAUGUGAAACGCGCCCACCGUGUGACUGAACACCUCAAAGCUGGUUCCUGUUUCAUCAACAACUACAAUAUCACUCCUGUGGAGGUUCCCUUUGGAGGCUUCAAAAUGUCAGGCAUAGGGCGGGAGAAUGGCCAGGUGACAAUUGAACACUACUCGCAGCUGAAGACUGUGUAUGUGGAGAUGGGGGACGUUGACUGCCUCUUCUAGGAAACGCCAACCUACAGGAAUAUGGACGCACUGCAACAUGGAGUGAAUGAGUGACUCAGCGGACACCCACGUUGCCUUAAGCUGUAAUUGUUAAGCGAGCCAGCAAAUAUUUUUGCACUCCCUGGGACAUAUUUGAGGUAGACGCUACUACGAAAUGUCCUCUGAAAUAUUUGAAGAACUGACAUAGUCGCCUAUGCCAAAUGGAUCAAACUGAAGUUAGUUUUUUCCACUAUUCAAAACUGAUUUUUGUACAUUAGCACAUCUGCCUCACAGUUCUGAGGACCGGGGUUCAAAUCCCACCCCCGCCUGUGUGGAGUUUGCAUGUGGUCUUCCCUUGCCUGCGUGGGUUUUCUCCGGGUACUCCGGUUUCCUCCCACAUCCCAAAAACAUGUGUGGUAGGUUGAUUGAAGACCCGUAAAUUGCCCGUAGGUGUGAGAAUGGGUGUUCAUACGUAUGUGCCCUGCGAUUGGCUGGCGACCAGUUCAGACCCGAUGAUAGCUGGGAUGGGCUCCGGCACGCCCGCGUGAGGAGAAGCGGUACAGAAAAUGGAUGGAUUUUUCUCCAUUAAUUUCUCCAUGUAAUUUCCAGUGUUUGCCUUUUUGCAAAGCGGUUCUCAUUCUUAUGCACAAAAAAAUCGAAUACAUAUUUUAAUACGAAAUUAAUUGAAUACUCACUGAAAAAUAUAUUUAUGAACAUACAAAUUCACACAACAAUUUGCAGUACACUACUGCAAAUUGAAUAGAAAUGGCACAAUAACAUUCUGCCAUGUGAAAAGUGUUUCAGUAAAACAUAGGAACAGCUUGAAUUGAAAUAUAAUGUAACAUUACAAUCAACAGUGUUGCAGAAAUAAAAUGUGCAACAAUACACUUGUGAUUAGCGUGUUGAUCGUCUUUUUGGUCAAUGUUACACACAACGUCGUCUUCUCUUCUUUCUUGUCACAUUUUUGGUUGCUGUCUUUCUCUAAAUAGAAACCAAGGUAAAAGCAAAAGCUUCCCAUGUAGUGCUUUGCAUGAGUGUGCCUUGAAUUGAACGUACCUUUACCACGGGCUUUGUGGGUCUCUUGAACUGUGAUGACUCUUUAUCAAGCCAAGUUUACAGUGAAUGACUUUAUAUAGACGUCAGCUCUCUAACGACAGCAGCAGAUCAACUUACCAUCUUCAGACGGCCGAUCGUCAUCAGCAGACACUAUCUUGCAUGGGCCCUGUAAUCAGAGAUAGAGUUAAACUUGGGUUUGUUUAUUCAUAUCAUUUGCCCCAAAUUUCUACAAAGGUUAUCAUCUAAGGAUUUAAUUUGAUUUUGGUCUUGUUCAUUGUCUCAACUCCUGAAAAGCAUGGCGCUGGUUAGCUUUCAGUUAUGUGAUCUUUACUACAACAAACAUUUUCUGUUAAUGCAAAUUAACCAUUUUAAGUAUGUGUAUUAGUAAUGUUAAUUCAUCACUUUUAACUUGAAAAACACUCUUUAUAGUAUUCGAAAUGGAAAAUGGUCUAUGAAUAACAAUUAAAGCUAGAUUGGAUCGUUGGAGACCUACACACAUGGACAAAAUUGUUGGCAUCCUUCUGUUAAAG